AUGCACUCCAUCGACAUAGCCAGAACGCACGAGAUCCUGGCGAGAUACAGGCCCAUCGCGCCGAGGCCGGCGCCGCCGCCCCAGAGCGGGGUGGAAAGCCCGUCGUCCGCUCCGCCGGGGAAGCUGACCGCUGCGGGGCUGCACCACCUGCAGACCACCCGCCCUGUAAGGUCUAAGAAGAGGGGCCGAGCGGGCUGCUCCUGCGUCGCCUCCAAGAAGCGGGCGAAGACCUAUGUCCCGCUCUUGCCGUCCCCCGAGGUCUCCCUCCCUCUCCUGGCCACCAAAACUUCCAAGCUUGGCCUCUCCGGCCAGGGCUUCCCGGUGCUGCCCAUGGCCUGCUCUACUUUCCAGGGGAAAGGGGAGAAGCCGGUUGGGAACUGCGCUGACCUGCUCACGCUCUCCCUUCUUCCUUUCUCGUCCGCCGCCUCUUCAUUUGCCGGGGCAAUCGCGCCACCGGAAGCAAAGAAGAAGGCGAAGGAAACGACUACCUUGGACCUGAACUCCGACCCGGAGGCCUGCGCCACCGCGGAUGACCCACUGGCGCCGGCGAAGCCGCAGAUCAUCGUGCCGCAGCCGGUUAGGCCGAUCGGCUCGAGUAUCAGCGUCGGGUACAUCAGCGAGGACAAGGGCGAUGUCCCCGCGGUGCCGGCGUCCAAGAAGCCCGAGGAGGUGGAGGAGGAAGUCGAGUCGGAGGCCCUGCCGGCGGUAGUCUCAGACUCGAACAACCGAAUCCGGCUGGCCAACUCCGCGUACAAGAAGAUGGUGGGUCAGCCCGAGUGCUCCUGGCUCGAUUUCAUGGUCCGUAACGGCGGCGCGGGCUCGAACAGGAUCAACGGCGAAGUGAUGCUGGACCUGUCGGGCUCCGCCGUGCCGACCUCUUCCAACGGGUUCUCUUGCAGUGUGACGAUAGAAUGGGCAUGCAACGGCCGGAGGACCUUCGUCAGAGCUCCCUGCGACGUGAACAAGCUCUUCUGUGAAUCUAAGAACUACCUCUUCGCGUGGAGGUUCCACACCGAGGUUUCCGAUGUAAACUGUCAAGCAUGA